CCGUUUUCAGCCCCACGGCUCCUCUCCCCGGCUCCGCGCCCCCUCCCCGCCACUGUCCUCUCUUACAGGGGUCUCUCUCUCCCCAGCGAAGUUUUCGGGACCAUUAAGAGCUUCGGGAGUGUAAGGGGGAUACUUGCUAAACUCCUGCUCCUCUCUUAUUUAUGUCCAAGCAUGAUUUAUGAGGAAUCAAAGAUGAACUUGGAGCAGGAGAGGCCUUUUGUCUGCAGUGCCCCAGGCUGCUCACAGCGUUUUCCAACAGAGGAUCAUCUGAUGAUUCACAGGCACAAACAUGAAAUGACUUUGAAGUUUCCUUCAAUAAAAACAGAUAAUAUGUUAUCAGCCAAAAAAGAUCUGAUUGAGCUAACACAGAAUAUCUCGUAUCAGACUCCUACACCAACACGCUUUCUGAAGAACUGUGAGGAAGUGGGCCUCUUCAACGACAUUGAUUGCUCCCUAGAGCACGAGUUUAGGAAGGCACAAGAAGAAGAGAACAACAAAAGGAAUAUCUCCAUGCAUAACACAGUUGGAGGAGCAAUGGCAGGACCUGGAUCUCACCAGCUGACAAAUACAAGGAUGUCAAACCACGAUACCAGUGUUGUGAUUCAACAAGCCAUGCCGUCUCCACAGUCCAGUUCAGUCAUUACACAAGCACCUUCCACAAAUCGACAGAUUGGGCCUGUCCCAGGUUCUCUGUCUUCACUACUGCACCUACACAACCGACAAAGACAACCUAUGCCUGCCUCUAUGCCAGGAACCCUGCCCAACCCCACCAUGCCUGGAUCUUCUGCUGUCCUCAUGCCUAUGGAGCGACAAAUGUCAAUGAACUCCAACAUCAUGGGGAUGCAGGGGCCGAACCUAAAUAAUCCGUGUGCUUCACCUCAAGUCCCCCCAAUGCAUUCAGAAGCCAAAAUGAGACUGAAGGCAGCGCUGACUCAUCACCCUGCCGCCAUGUCGAACGGGAAUAUGAACACGAUGGGCCACAUGAUGGAAAUGAUGAGCUCGCGGCAGGACCAAACGCCACACCAUCAUAUGCACUCACAUCCUCAUCAGCACCAGACGCUGCCACCUCAUCACUCAUACCCGCAUCAGCACCAGCAUCCGGCGCACCAUCCUCAUCCUCAGCCUCAUCACCAGCAGAAUCAUCCCCACCACCACUCCCAUUCGCACCUUCAUGCGCACCCGGCACAUCACCAGACCUCGCCACACCCCCCGCUGCACUCAGGUGGACAAGCGCAGGUUUCACCAGCAGCACAGCAGAUGCAGCCCACACAAACGAUACAGCCACCACAGCCAACUGGAGGUCGCCGGAGGAGGGUGGUGGACGAAGACCCAGAUGAGAGGAGGCGGAAAUUUCUGGAAAGGAAUCGAGCCGCCGCCACGCGCUGCAGACAGAAGAGGAAGGUCUGGGUGAUGUCACUGGAAAAGAAAGCAGAAGAGCUCACCCAGACAAACAUGCAGCUUCAGAAUGAAGUUUCUAUGCUGAAAAAUGAGGUAGCACAGCUGAAACAGUUAUUGUUAACGCAUAAAGACUGUCCGAUAACAGCUAUGCAGAAAGAAUCUCAAGGAUAUCUAAGUCCCGAGAGCAGUCCUCCCGCGAGCCCAGUCCCAGCUUGCUCCCAGCAGCAAGUCAUCCAGCACAACACCAUCACGACCUCCUCCUCCGUCAGCGACGUUGUGGGAAGCUCCACUCUGACCCAGCUCGCCAGCCACAGAACAGACAUCAAUCCGAUCCUUUAAAAGUGGUUGAUCAGAAACUGCUAGGGGAGUGUGGUAGCAUAUCAAAGCAUCCUCUGUGCUAAGGACAUUUGCAACUGUAACUCAAGCCUGGAAGAUUCCUCAGUUCUUGAAAGACUCUGGCUUUCAUUUUUAUAGUUAUUAAAAUGUCUUUUAUACUUAGUUACAUAAAAGGGAGUUAUGCAAUUAAUAUGCUAUCAGCUUGAGAAAUGCUUUGGUGCUUUCUCCGUUUUUUUUGGUACCAGUUACUUGUUUAUAAACCUAACUGUUUCUGUACAUAGUUCUGUUUCCUUCUCACCAAACUAGCCUGAAACCUCAGAAAUACAGAGUUGUGUUAAACUGUAGCUUGUUAGCCAAUGUGAGGCAUGAAGAGUAUUAAACAGAGUCAUACAUAGGUAACUGGGAGUAAUUAGGCUAUAAAUACAUAGAGAGGGCAUCUGCUGACAGCAUAAUAAAAAAUGAGUUAGCGUUGUGCUAUCAGCAGACUCCAUCUUGCAUUCAGAGCCUCUUUCAAAGUGGUUAUAUAGGAUGUGUCUAUCAGGACAAAAUCAAGCCCAAAUAAUGUGCCCUUUUGUCUAGCCCUCCCCCUUAUCCUCUCUCCAAUGCCCUGGCCUUUUUCUCCUCCAGUUAUUCUUACACCUUCCUUUUCCCUCCCCAAACCCUUUUCAUCCCCUGGCUUUUUUUCUCUGCUUUUUUUUUUUUUUUUAUUCCAAGCCUUUCUCGUUUCCUUCUAUUUUUCUUGAAGAAUAAUGAUGAACAAGCAACAACUUCAAGCCCACCUAAAAACUGUCAUCACGGCUGCUGCUUUCACUGGCUCUUCACCUGCAGCUGCUCUGCGCCGAGCAUUAGACUCUAAAAAAAAUAGAAAUGCUCCUGAUUUAGUGUUUUUAAUAAACAGCAAAAGGCGAAAGCAGUGCAGCCCCAGGUGAAGCAGGAUUGAGAGCCAGCUGUGUUGAUGCUAACAGCUCUGUAAGCUUCUGUGGCAUGGUACAGGCGUAGUGAGCAACACCUGAGAAUCACAGCAAUUCUUUUGCACUGCCAAUCAUUAACAUAGAAAAAAAUCCAUGUAGUAUAUAGUAAUUCGGAAAAGUUCUGUUCCCUAACUCGUUGUUCUAGCAACAAAAGCUAACAGCCUCAGGUUUCAUGGGCUAUAAAUGAGAAAUAAAUCAGAGUAACAGCUCUGACCAGUUGGAAAAAUGCCAUUUUCAAUUCCCAGGGAAAGACCUGCUCUCUGCAGGCAUUCCUUUAAGCAUCCACAAACUGAUCCUGAGCUGGCAGACAGCAGUGUAGCUUCACUGACUUUAAUGGCACUUAAUGCCUGUUUACCGUGGGUAAGGAAUUGUCUUAUUAGGACGCUAAAUAAUUUUUAGAAGGCAUGCAGCCACUAAAAAGUGCUGCCAGAAUGGCAAAUCCCACUGUGCUCCAGAUAAAACUCAGUCCUGCAAAGAGAGUCUGGAAAAGAAACUUAUGCCACAAUUAAGGUUUUUGUUUGGACUCUGGGCCUGCCCCUCAGCACGACUCAUUUGCAUCCUCGAGUGAUACCCAUGAUUGAUGGGAAAAUCAGAUGGAGAUGAUGCCAGUAAAUUACGCUACCUUGCCGUGUAUUGGGAUCUGAUUUUGCUCUCAAAUCUGUCAGCAACAAAACCUCCCGCUGCUUACCCGGGAAGCAGGCUCCCAGCUAGUGAUAGAUGUUCAAACAUUUUGAGCUGCAGCUUUAGUAGCAAAAGCUAAUUCACCUUAUUCCUGGCAGAUCCUCUAGCCCUGAACAGAGUUUGUUCUGAAGUGAAGUUCUCCUCCUCAAAGGCUGUGUCUUUGGGUUUUAGAGGAGCUGUGAAGUUUAAAAGGGUGGCUUUUCUCCAUGCAGGUGGGAGAGUGCAACAACUGAAGUGUGAGGCACUCUAAGGAGCAGGGCUUCCUGAAAGUAAAAGCAAAGUUCUGAGGAUUAUUCAUUUCUGAAUUAGUUCUUAUCUUGGUAACUAACUUUUUAUCAGUAUUCUUUUAACAGCUCGCUUUCCAUUUAUGCAAACACAUUCAAAAGAAUAAGAUUUUUAAUGUACAGUGUAAAUCUUGACUUGAUUAUAUAGUCUAAGAACCAAAAAAAAUUAUGAAAAAAUACAAAUGUAAAGGAUUUUCUAUUAUAUUUUAGACAAACAUAUACUUUUAAAGUGUUUUAAAUACUGAAUCUAUAAUUUUUUUUAACCUCCAGUUGUAAUAGCUAAAUGGUUUUGCUUCAUCACGGCUCCCAAGGGAACUUUUUUCAAAUAUGCAAUCGAGCAAAAUGUUCCAGCUGAGUAUCCGCUAUAAAAAAAAAAACCUAAUAAGUAUUUCCCCUGUGUCUGAAUUUCAUAACUCACCAUGAAAAAGAAAAUGCCAACACAGGGUUAAUUUUUAAAACUUUCCCUCUAUAUGGGUAGCACUUAAAUACAUUAAAAAUAAAAAUCAAACUUGUUGGUAAUAUUAGAAUACCCAGUUGAGCUACACUGCACUAGAAUUACGGUUUAGCUUCAUUUUAUUCAGUCUUCUCAAUUAAAAUAUUUAGCUGUUAAACUGAAAGCCUCUACAUUAAAAUGAAAAAAAAAGCAAAAAAAAUAAAAAACUUUGCCUAAGUUUUGUUAAAUUCAGCAACUUGACAGUUUGACUGAUGUGUAUUAUAUAUAGCUCAAUUAUUUCUUUUUUUAAUGCUAACUAGGCAAGCCAACCACACAUGUUGGCCUAAAUGUGUAAUUACAAUGAAAUGUCUCCUCUCUAUACUAUUGGCCUUUAGGUAUAAUCCUCGCUAGUGAUGUGGAAAAAAGUAAAGGAUGAAAAGCUAUUUGCUAUUGCUUCUUGUAACUCUGUCGCAGGUUCAUUGGCCAAGACAACACGCAGCAUAUUUAUAUCAGCUAUAUCAUUGGUAAAAGGACCAACUGUAUCAGGCACCUUAUAUUAUUCAUCCACAUUGAAAUGCUUUUGUUUUCCAGGAGAGUGAUCCUGCAGCCUUUCCUCAAGCUGCCGUUUAGGCCAGGCACCAGAGGCUGUCUGAGCAAGGGCUGCGGGAGAAGCCCCUGCCCCUCUGUCCCCUGGAUGUCCCUUUGCCGUGUGGUCAAUGGCAGCGGCUUCUUCCUAAGCACGUCACUCUAAAUGCACCUACCAACCUCUUUCCAUAGAGGAGAAAUCCUGCUUUUCCACAAGCUACUACUGGAGACUGCUCCAGUUUCCUCCUGGCCUGCCAAUCCAGUUGCUGGGCUUGCCGGGCUCCAUGCCCUGUCCCACUGCCGGUGGAUGAUGCAGACCGUUUCCCUCACCCACUCUCCCCAGCAUUCGCAGGGCAGCAAGCCUUGGUGGGCACCUUGCUCAGGAGGAGGCAUUUCUGUGGAUGGCAUCUCUCAUCAUGCAACAUCAGAAGCACGUUGGAAAUCUCAGCCAUGGACAACUGCAAUACUUUGAUUGGAAAGAAACAGUGCUGUGAUCUGGUUCCAUCAUCCCCAGCCCUCCUUUCCCAAGUAAAUAUAUGCAAGCCAUAUUCAUAACGCUGCCUGUGGGAGACAAGUAGUUCGUGUGCUAUCAUGGUGUGUUUUAUAAGGACGAUGAUGAUGAUGAUGAUUUAUGGAGAAUUUCACGCUGUUGGGAGUCAAUUCCUGCUACGAAGCUAUAUGUCUGCUGCCCAUCUUCUGAAUAGUGGAAAGUCAAUGGUUCAGUGCCUCAGUGUGUGUGGAUUUAGUGUGUUAACUGACUCUGUCCUGUUAACUAACAAGCCAGCUAUAACUGUUGUUAAAUGCCCAACUUUUGAGGAUUCAUAUUUUUUUAAGCAACAAUAUUUAGUGUUGAAAACUAGCCAUUUAGUUUAGGCAAAAUAUGCUUUUUAGCAGCUAAUACCUUUUUUUAAAAAAAAGCAUAUAGAGUGAAUUUAUGAAAAUUCAUGAGGACCAAAGCAAUUUUAAAACAGGAAUCUAUUAAUUUAGUAUUCAUAUAGAAUUUUAUAAAGUAUUUAUUAAUAAAUGUUAUUUUAACACAUUCCAUUUGAACAGUAUUCUUGUACAGAAUCUGUUUGUUUGUUUUUUUAAGUUACAAUAUUAGUUUUGCAAUAAACUACUCUCAGUGUGUGUGCAUCUUAAUCUUUCAGGGUCUCAAGCAUAAGUCAUCCAUCUAAGAUGGAAAAGCUUGCUGAGGUCAGUUGUACAGAAAUUCCUAGAAUUAAAUGCUUUCCUUAAUGCAGCAUCUGCCUUUUUUUUCUAUUUUUGUUCUUUUCUCUUUUUUUGGUAACAACAAAACAAAUUAUGAACCUUCAGUUGUUUCCUUUGUAUUGGAAAAUGUGCUCUCUCGUCUUAGAAAGCACGAGUCAACAUAUAACUGGAAAGCCUGUCUUUUUUUUUUUUCUCUUUUUCUUUUUUAAGGCUGAUUUUAUAUAUCACCGCUGAAGAUCUAACCCAUCCUUGUUUCUUUUCUAAUAUCACAUAGUGAGUUGCACUAUACUGCCUUAUCAUUGCCUCUUCUGUCCUCUUACUAAGCAGUGUUCCUUAGAUUUAGACCAUUGAAACUCCAUUAUACAUCAGAGAAAAUUAUUGGAGGGGAAAGAAGAGAAAAAGAUUGAUCUGUAGACAUAAAAACUAAACUGUGCCUAUAAAACAAAACCAGUUACAACUAAUUAGUAUCUUAUUUCUAUGUUUCAAUUAUUUAUAUUAUUUUAAAAUUGCACUUUAGCUCUCGCUCUCUUUCUUGCUCUCCCUUGUUGAAUCAUUUAUAAAUACUCUUGUAAAACGUUUGCACCAGAUACAUUUAUAUGCUUUCACUGGUGGCAUAUCUACAACUUGUCUCUCACACCUGCCCGAACAGAGAAGCUGGGAACAGCCAGUCUGCAGUGUGACUUAGACUUUACAUCCUCUUCAUGACAGCAUAUAAAUGUUUUAUUAUGCAAAGUAUGUGAGGCAGCAUCUAAGCUACAUUUAUAAUCUCUCAUCCCGAGAACCAAAGUGUCCUGUAUAUUGUAAGGUCAGGAGACUGGCUCUGUUGUGCAUUGUCAUGCACUUUGACUGUUGUCCAAUUCACGGUAGCUGCGAAGCUGCAGUGAUAACAGUGGCCAUACUAUGUAUUAGAGUUCUGAAUCAAUAAAAUAUGUUGCCUUAUAACUUGACUAGGGACAGCACCUUUUAAAAAAAAAAAAAAGAAUAAGAAAAGAGACUGAAAACUUUUAAGGACAAACUAAAAUUUCUAAGAAGCAAUAAAAUCUCAAGAGGUCUGAACAUGAAAACAAAUAUAAAUUGUUCAUUUUUUCAUCGUCUGAAAUAAUCAUCUUACUGCAAAGACAAAAGAGACUGUUUACAUCUUUAACCUCUUUUUUCUUCAGAGCUUACAGUUAUCUCAGUUUUAUCAGUGGCUUUACAGUUAAGAGCUAAAUUGCUUACCAUUAUUGGUUUUCCAGAGCUUUCAAAAUAUCUUUAUAGCAAAUCCUAAACUACAUGAGGCCAAAAAUGUCAGUGUUCACACACACUCACAGACAAGACAUUCUCUUAAGUGGAAAUCUGAUCCUUUCCCAGGCUCUUCUUGGACUGGAAUCAAUAAUUGUAACUUACCAUAUUUAGACGAAUGUGUAACACCUGCGAUUCAGAAACUAUAGCUCUAUAUUUAUGCAAUUUAAAUGUUAGUGAUGUUGAGUUUUACCUGGUGGAACUGUUCACAAAGCCCACAGUAAGAGCAUGCUAUCUGAUGCCGUGAGACUCAUAGACCCAAAUCUCUUUUUCAACUAAAAAUCUGUGCUACAGCCUUCUGAAUGAAGACUGAAAGAUCUGCUUGGCUUUGCUGAAACUGUAGCAGUGUAAGAAAGAGAGGGGGGAAAGUCUGAUAGGGCAUUUUCCUUUAUUGAAUUUAGAAAAUUCAAGAGAAUUUUUUUCCCCCACUCGUUGGAGCCGAGAUUGCAAAGAGACCGACCCUUGUCAGAGACAACCUUUACUAUGCUUCCACAAGACAAACUAUUUUGCACAAAAGGUGUAUUUGCUCUUCCAAAUAAGAGUAAUUGCCACUGAGAGUUUUGCCAAGGACUUUAUCACUGGGACCUAAGUGUUUCCCAGCCCAUGGCCGCGAGCUCUGUACCCCUCUCUGUAACAUCUCCAUUCGAACACUGGGUAGCAUUCAUCUGCUGAAUGUUGCUUCUUCAGAUUAUUAUCAUUGUCCUGGUUUUAAGGAACUUUUAGCACUGCUUGGAGUAAGCCUAAACUAUCGAAGUUUAUAUAUAAAUAUAUAUAUUAUAUUAAAAAAAGGUGCUGUCACAGUAAGUUUGGGGCUUGAGGUUGUUUGUAUUAUAUGCAAAGGUUUUAUGUUUGUUUGUCUGUUUGUUUUAUUCUGUAAAGCAACCACCUUCCUUACUGGAGGGAGACAAUUUUUUUUUUUUGGUACAUAAGUGUAAAUACUUGCUGCAGCAUUUAAUAUGUUUAAUUUUAUGUUAAGCUUUUUGUUGUGAACCCAUUAUUGUUACAAAUGGACAAUGAGUUCAUUGAGACUGUUCAACUACGUCAGAUUUUUACAUCUCUUUCUAGCUAGAAGAGACAGGAAUUUUGUGCAUUUGUACAAAUGUUAAUAAUAUCACCGCAAUUCCAGUAUA